AUGUCAGAAUUUUGGACUCGAUGGAAUAUGGAAUACUUAACGGCUAUGAGGGAAAACUUUCGAACAGAGCAUGACCCGCCACGGUCUCAUGAAAGCGGACCUCCAAAAUUGGGAGAUUUUGUCAUCAUACAUGAACCCUUUCUGCAAAGGGGACAGUGGAAAAUAGGGGAAAUUAUCGGAUCCCAAGAUGAUUUCAAGAGAUCUGUUGAGAUUCGCCUUCCUUCAAAGAAGAUCAUCACACGACCGAACUGUCUAAUACACAAACUGGAGAUUCCUCCAACGGAACCACCGGACGAAGUAUCUGAAAAUCCACCUGCCACCACCGCCGUUCCUCAGACGUCCACUUCCAGACAUCCCAUGAUCACCAGGUCCAAGUCUCGAAUAAAUCCCAUGUUCCUUUGUCUCAGCAUUCUGAUGUUACUUUUCCAGCCUUCCUCUAUGAUAGACACCAGAUGCCCCGAAGAUCUCGACGUCAACAAGACUAUACUUUACGCAAGCAACUGCGUUUCCAAAGGAAUAGCGAUAGCAAAAUAUACCGUCGAGAAUGAAGAAAGAAUGUGCUGGUUCCCUGUGUUCUGUCCCGUAGGACACAUACGAUUCGAACUUCUAUCAACAUACUCAAGACCUUCAAGAUCUACCCUCUGCGGAGAAGCAUGUCAAUGCCCGAACUGGACAACUUCUUGCUCCUACAGCAGAAGCGACAAAACUGCAACUUCAGAACUCAAAUUUAUACCAAAGAGACUCCUGAACUAUCAUCCCAAACAAGUGUGCUCUUUUCAACCUUCUCCGAAAUGUGCUUCAGUGAAGAAACUCGGCAUAUUCAAUCAAAUUCAAUUGUUCGACAACAGCCUACUCCUAGUGGAGGAAAUCACUGUCAGCAUCAAAGACUACCUCGAUAAAUACGAUUUCAUAUGCAUAGACAAGAAAGGAUGGAGGAGACAUCUUCUUGACAGGCUUCUAACAGGGACAUCCUACUUCUGCGAAAAACACAAAUGCCACAGCAAUGCAAGGCUAUUCUGUACAUACGACAACCCAAUUGCCGUAUAUGUAAUAAACGACACAGCCAACAUAUUCAAAGGAAAUAUUCCCAUCAAAGCUUGGGGUCCCGUUAUAAAAUCCUACUACGAAUAUUCAACUAAUACGCCUCUACCGGAUACCAACAGUACCAGUGACGCCCUCACGCUACACAAGAGCUCAUUUAUCUCAGCAUAUUGCACGAAAGGAGGAUUAAAUUUGAAGUGCAAUUCACACCACGACGUAGUGGAAGCUUGCAGCAAUCAUUAUUGCAUCUUUUCGAAAUGUCCUCACAACUACUUAUCCUUUCCGAACUCCAUAAUCAUGUACGAUUACAAGGUGAAGAUCAAAGGCUGGCAUCAAGGGAAACUCACCUUCGAAACUGAACUCUACUGUCACGCCCAACCAAUCUGUGAAACUCUCCAGUGCCUUUUCUGCUGGGAACGCUUAUACAACACGCAAUGCUGGACGACCUUGCAGAUAGCACUGUUCUUGUCUCUACUCCUCGUUUGUAUCUUUGUGAUACGCUGCACUUGGCUCCUUCUCAAAGUUUCAAAAUGGAUUGUCACAAGCAUUGUCCGUUGUAUCAUCAUCUUCACUCCAAGAAGAAGAAGAAGCCCUUCUAUAUGGUCAGAAAAGAAGAUGUCAAACAAACCUCGGACUUACACCAGUCAAAGGAGAAAGCUUGGUUACAUCCUCACCUCAGUCACCGUAAUAUUACAAUUCUCUAUCGUGUGGUCGUGUUCACAGGUGGUGACUUUGACUGCUCAAGAAAAUACCUGCACUUCUUCCAACGGCUCGGAAAAAUGUACCUUUAACGAAGUAACAAUUGUCACUCUGCAACCACUCCAACAAGAAAGUUGUUUAACACUUCGGAACAACAACCAUCAAGCCAUUGCUACCAUCUCUAUCAAAAUCGACGGCAUCAAAUUCCGCUGCAAUCAAAACAUCGAAUUUUUCACUAGGGACCAUAAGCUUAUCGUCGAAUCAAUCCACCGAUGCUACCUUGCGGGGAGCUGUGUGGAAAAGGCAUGUGACCAAAUACCUGCUCAGAAGCAACUAAAAGAAUUCUCCGAUCUGGCGAAUCGUAGCCCCGGGUAUACCUUUUGUGAAAAAGGCUGUGGGUGCUGGACGUGCGAUGGAUGCUUCUUUUGCCACCCUAGCUGUCUCUUCUAUAGAAUUUUUGCCGUAGCAAAAACAGAAGAAGUGUACACCGUUUUGAAAUGCCCGAGUUGGGAAAUUGUUGUCGACGCCGAAAUCUCCAUUCUGGAUACCAAAACAACUGUGACGACAAAGCUACGGCUCACACCGGGGAAAUCUAUCGCAUGGAAUAACCUUCGAUUUAGCCUCAUUGGAACUACCGUACCUCAACUGCCAGUGCUCUCAUCAACCUUCAUGAAAACACAAAAUAGAGUUUCUAUCAUAAAAACCGUAUCAAAGGGACAACUGAUCGCCAAUAGUGCAGGGCAAUUACAGUGUUCGACUCUCAAAGAAGCAAAGGAUUUCCGCUGUCAAUUUUCCAGCUCUAUAUGUCAAUGCACUCACGGAAUCCGCUCAGUUUCAUGCGUUUGCCCUCAAGUGGACAUAGCCAAAAUCAUGAAAGCAAAGCCUCUCCCUCAGAUAUCUAAGAAUUUUCUGAUCUUUUCAGAGCGAAACAUGGUCUACGCAAAAGCUGGCGUAGGAUCCGCUCUACAAUUACAAUGUUGUCGCAGAAAAUUUGAAAAUUACGUCCCGUAUUUCCAACAGCACCUGUACAUUAGAGAGCGGAGAUUUGAUUGGAUGUUACAACUGCCUCACUGGAGCAGAACUGAGUGUAUCUUGUCAAAGCAGUGA